AUGGCUGGUAAAGUUUUGACCGAAGUUCCUGAAAUGCUGACUCAUCCAAUGAAUGAAAAAGAAGAAGAUGAUCACAGAGAAGAUGAUCAGGCAGAAGAUGAUGUAGCUGCUGAUGCUGAUGACUACCUCGCGAUUAUUUACGAAGUUGUGGAUGGUGACCAUGGAGAAGAAAUUGGCCGCGUCCAUGCUGACUAUGGGGUUGAUGAGGGUUUUUUAGAUCACCUGGGGUUACUAGCUCCUUUCGACGAUGAUGAUGACGAUUCUAAUGACGACGAUGACGAUGGUGAUGACUUUUUCGGUAUCGCUGGUGACAGAGAUGAAGGCGUGGAUUUUAGAUACGACGGCGAUGAUGAUGAUGAUGACGAAGAUGAUGGCGAAUUCUAUGGCGAUUAUUAUUAUGAAGACUUUUUUGAAUUCGAUUUUGACGAAUCUAUCAAUAAUUUUGAAGAGGAUAGCGAGGAUUCUAAUGACAUUGAUUAUUAUUUAAAUUAUUAUCGCGACGAUGACGAUAUUUUUGAUGACGUCGAUGAUUAUGAUUAUUGA